CAUGACAGAUCGGGAAGGAGGAGAGCUCCCAGGAAGAGAAGAACGAAGAGGAAACGCACAGAUCACAGACGGGGAUGAACCUACUGAUCACGAAAAAGCUGAAGACCAUGAUCCACAGGAGAGGAGCAUGAUGAGGGCAGUGAUUGAAGAGGAUCUACUGAGAUUAUCACAGGAAGAACUCAUACUGAAUGAAUCAUUUUCUUUCACUGCGCUCCUUCAUUCCGACAUUAUAUACAAGGUACAUUCAGCAGAUGGAUCUAUGAACAUUGCUGAAACUAUGUACGAAAACUCCAGGAGCAAAACAAAUGACAGUAUCAUCACAACAAAUUAUGGCCAUACAAUGGAGGCAGACUUGCAUCUAGAAAUGCCAGUGGCCGAAGAUGGGGCAGGAGAAUCCGAUCCAUGGGACACAAACUUGAACGACAACAUCAAUCUGCAACAGGAGCCUAAAGAAGCUGAUCCCAGUGUAGCACCGACUAACAUGAACUCUAGUACAGGCAGGGACGAAGAAGGAAAAAAAGAACCAGAACACUCACUACAACAAGAGGGAGAAGAUGAAUUCCUGGACGAAGAAGACAUUGAAAGAUUCCUGUAAAAUGAAGAAGAAGCUGCAUCAGAGGGGAAUCUGAUGAACACUAGCAGUAAUUUCAAGCCUCAAUUAGGCAUGCAGUUCAAAACAAAGGAAGAAGCUCAGGAAUAUUUCAA